GUUAAAGAGAUCAUUUAAACACAGUAUUUUAAUUUUAGAGAAAGAGGCCACAGAUUAACAUUCAAGCCGACCUUUAUAAAUAGGGGUUACAAAACGAAAUCGAUGAACUUUAAAAAUUAAAAUUGCCUAGAAGAAAGAAGAAAAAGCUUGAUCAAGUGGUACUCAAAAUAGGUAUCUUCUCUUCUAAAACAUCUCCAGAAAUAAUGGAAGCUGCUCAAAAGUUUGUUGAUGAACAGCUAGCUGUGCAUAAAGUGGUGGUCUUUUCCAAAAGUUAUUGUCCGUACUGUACAAUGGCUAAAGAAGCGUUGAAGGAGAUUAAAGCUGAUUAUCACCUAAUUGAGAUAGAAAACAGAAGUGAUUGUGAUGCAAUACAAGACGUGCUUUUAAAAAUGACUGGUGCUAGAAGUGUGCCACGAGUGUUUAUAAACAAGAAGUGCAUUGGUGGAGGUAGUGAAACCAAGGCAAUGAAACAAUCUGGUGAACUACAAAAAUUAAUUGCUGCGUAAUUGGAAUGAAAGGACUUUACUAUUAAAACGUAUUUAAAUGCAAUCACCAAUACACAUGCGCGUUUUUUUAAACAGUCGAGCAUGACAGGUAGAUGAUUAGUGAAAUUAUUUGAAUAAAACUAGACAUUAUAUAUAUUUAAUAGUUUUUAUUUAGAAAAUAAAAAUUAAUAAAUUACGUAGUAUGUAGAAUCGCAGGUUUGAAAAAAAUAUUUCCAAAUAA